AUUUUAUUUAAAAAAGAUGGCCUUUGAUUAGCGAUCUCCUUUCGAAUUAAGGAUCUGGCACUUUUAUACUGAAGAAGAGAAAUCAAUCACUCUUUUAAAUGCUUAUAAAUAGAGAGUUUUGUUUUCUGAGGAUAUCAAGUCUUUCCUUCUAAAGGAUAGAUUGAAUACUUGGUCCUAUUGGGGAUUUCCAGCUGCAUGUUAUGCUCUAUUUCACUAUACUGGUGCAUUGUAGCCAUACAUAGCUACAAAAUAUUCAGUGUCUGCAUAAAGAUUGAUUCCUGCAGCAAUAUCUGGCAUUCUUUGGCUUGGAUGGCUACACUUUAAUCCAUUUUACAAUGCCUUAUAAAAGUAUUGAGUAUUCUUAAAUUAUUAUAGAGAGAAGUUGCAUUUGCUUAAUUUAGUAGAAAGAAGAGUUGGAUUAAAUAUGAAAGCACUCAAUGAGUAAGUACCUCGUACUUGGACAACUUAGGAGAUUCAUAGAUAAAUAAGAGAGUCUUACAAUAAUAGACAUGGUUUCUUCACAAACAUACUUUAUCCAAGUGAGGAAAGAGCAUCCCCUUUAUAAGAUAUUUCAAGUUAUCCAUUCAAAUACAGAAGAGAUAAGAUUGUAAAAUGAUUAACCACGCAUACCACACAAAAUAAUUAUCAUAUAGCAUAAAGC